CUCUAUAGAUCCGUCGAGGACCCAGUGGUGGAGCCGCUUCAGUCUGUGUGUCUUACCUCUCACAGCCAUGGCUAAGCUAAUCGAGUGUGUGCCGAACUUCUCAGAGGGACGAAAUAAGGAGGUAAUCAAUGCCAUAGCUGAUGCCAUCUCGGCCACUGAGGGCUGCAGUCUGCUGGACGUGGACCCCGGCUCGUCCACCAACAGGACGGUCUACACAUUCGUGGGCCCCCCACAGGCUGUGGUGGAGGGAGCCCUGAACGCUGCUCGAACCGCCUUCACCAUCAUUGACAUGAGCAAACACACAGGUGAGCAUCCUCGGACAGGGGCCAUGGACGUGUGUCCUUUUAUCCCGGUACAGAACGCCAGCAUGGAGGAGUGUGUGGAGUGUGCUAAUGAGUUUGGCCGGAGGCUGGGGGACUUGCUUCAUGUGCCAGUGUACCUCUAUGGAGAAGCUGCGAGGACUGAAAGUAGAAGGUCUCUGCCAUCUGUACGAGCUGGAGAGUAUGAGGCUUUAUCAGAAAAGUUAAAGAAGAGUGAGUGGGUUCCAGACUAUGGUCCUGCCACCUUUGUCCCAUCAUGGGGCGCCACAGUGACUGGCGCCCGGAAGUUCCUCAUUGCAUACAACGUGAACCUGCUGAGCACCAAAGAACAAGCACACAGAAUCGCUCUGGAUGUUCGAGAGCAGGGCAGAGGCAAAGAUCAGCCAGGCACUUUAAAGAAAGUUCAGGGGAUGGGCUGGUACCUGGAGGAAUCGAAUCUGGCUCAGGUGUCCACAAACAUUUUGGACUUUGAGCUGACUCCUCUCCACAAGGUGUAUGAGGAGAUCUGCAAGGAUGCCAAGGAGCUGAAUCUGCCUGUGGUUGGCUCUCAGAUUGUGGGCCUCAUCCCAUUAAAAGCAAUGUUGGACUGCGCUGACUUCUAUAUCCAGAAAGACAAGCUAUUUGUGGUUGAAGAAGAGCACAAAGUCCGAUUGGUCAUCAGCAAACUGGGUCUGGACUCUCUGGGACCGUUUGUUCCCAAGGAAAGAAUCAUAGAGUACAUGGUGGAAGCCAAUCAGGACGAGGGCCGGCUGGUGUCUCUUUCCCUGCAGCAGUUUGUCCGCAGUGUUGGCGCCAGGACAGCAGCCCCUGGGGGAGGGUCUGUUUCGGCAGCCAUCGCUGCUAUGGGUGCAGCUCUAGGCUGUAUGGUGGGUCAGAUGACGUAUGGAAAACGACAGUUCGGGAGCCUGGAUGGCGUGAUGAGGAAACUUAUCCCUCCGUUUUACCAGGCUAUGAAUGACCUGCUGCUCACUGUAGAUGCCGACAGCACCGCGUUCAACAGCUACAUGGCUGCCUUAAAACUGCCCAAAGGUACACCGGAUGAAGUGAAAAGGAGAGAAGAGGCCAUGCAGGAAGGUCUGAAGAAAGCAGUGGGUGUUCCAAUGUCCCUGGCUGAGAGAGUGAACGUACUGUGGCCAGCGCUCAAAGAGAUUGUCCAGUACGGCAACGUGGCCUGCAAAUCAGACGCACAGGUUGCAGCCAAAGCUCUGGAGACAGCUGUGUAUGGAGCGUAUUAUAACGUCAUCAUCAACCUUAAAGACAUCACUGACCAGGCCUUCAGGAAAGCUAUGGAGGAGAAAGCGUCUGCACUUCUGAAGGAGGCAAAAGAGAAUGCUACUGCAGUGCUGGAAGCUGCCAGAACACGCAGCUGAACACACAUACACACACACACACACACACACACACACACACACACACACACACACAUACGUUAAACCUACAGCUAAUACAUACUGGACACCAAUACUCACCUGUGCUGCCACAAGAAUAAAUGUCCAGUUUCCCUAAUUUUAUACAGUACAUGUUUUAAAUCAUGGAAAAAAGUGUCAAGUCUUAUUCAAUAAAGUGUUACAGUGA